CGGAAUUCUCGGUUCCCCUAGCCCUCUUUUAUCCUCCAUUGAGGGAGGCAGCUUGGUUUUUGGCCCUCCAACAAUUCAAUCUACAGGGCAGCCUAGGAGGAAAAGGCACUAGGCUUCGGACAUCUCUCUCCUUGCAUCCCCGAGGCCACGGGCUCCCGUAGGUUCUCCGUGGCCCCGAGUUAUAGUCGGGACCCCUCGGUCGCGGGUGAUUGUCGGGUCUCCGCGGGCCCGGAUCGCUGGGGCGGAUCAGGCCUCAGCGCCUUCUCAGGGCUCCCCGCAAGGCCGCAGGCAAGAUGAACAUUCUGGCGCCGGUGCGGAGGGACCGCGUCCUGGCGGAGCUGCCGCAGUGCCUGAGGAAGGAGGCCGCUUUGCACGUGCACAAAGACUUCCACCCCCGCGUCACCUGCGCCUGCCAGGAGCACCGGACAGGCACCGUGGGAUUUAAGAUCUCCAAGGUCAUUGUGGUGGGGGACCUGUCAGUGGGGAAGACUUGUCUCAUAAAUAGGUUCUGCAAAGACACUUUUGAUAAGAACUACAAAGCCACCAUUGGAGUGGACUUUGAGAUGGAACGAUUUGAGGUUUUGGGCGUCCCCUUCAGUCUGCAGCUCUGGGAUACCGCGGGACAGGAGAGGUUCAAAUGCAUUGCGUCGACUUACUACCGAGGAGCUCAAGCCAUCAUCAUUGUCUUCAACCUGAAUGAUGUGGCUUCCCUAGAACAUACCAAGCAGUGGUUAGCUGAUGCUCUCAAGGAGAAUGACCCUUCCAGUGUGCUUCUCUUCCUCGUGGGUUCCAAGAAGGAUCUGAGUACUCCUGCUCAGUAUGUGCUGAUGGAGAAAGACGCACUCAAGGUAGCCCAAGAGAUGAAGGCCGAGUACUGGGCAGUCUCAUCUCUCACUGGUGAAAACGUCCGGGAAUUCUUCUUCCGUGUGGCAGCACUAACCUUUGAGGCCAAUGUCCUGGCUGAGCUGGAGAAAUCGGGGUGCCGCCGCAUUGGGGAUGUUGUCCGCAUCAACAGUGAUGACAGCAACCUCUACCUAACUGCCAGCAAGAAGAAGCCCACAUGCUGCCCAUGAAGGGUGAGAGGACUGUCCAGAGACUGCCCAGCCUUGGGGCAUUGUGUCCUCUUGACUCCCCCAGAGCUCAACCCCUGAACAUUUGCACUGACUGUUUUUCCAGACCAAAGAGCUGCCCCUUGGUGGCAGUAUCCCCAGAGGGGUAGCUGGGACCAUGCUAGUCACUUUUACUGCCCCCAGGCACUGUGCCAAAGACUGGAUGCCCCCCUCCUCCAGGGGCUCUUCAGGGUGCCUAGUGUUGGGGAGGUGGGCUCUACUUCUCUUGCUCAGUCUGCUGGGCCCUUUGAGUAUGAGGAUGCUUAAUGGUCCCAGCUUUACACUGUGCCUUAUGCAUUAAAAUCUCUGUUAUUAGCAGGUUGAGGGCUGGAGUCCUUUAUCGGGGGUGAGGGAUGUGGAAUGGGCACAGCUGUAUGGCAGUCUUGGGACUGGAGUCUUCUGCUGCAAUUCUGGCCAUUCCUGGCUGCUGCGCAGGCCUCAGGCAGGCUGGGAACUCAGGGAUAACGUUUGAGGGGAUGCUAUGGACCCUCACUGGGUGCAUCUGAAUGAUCUUUGAGAUCUUAGCCCUUUCCUUUGGACCCUUCCCCCCCUCCCCAGGUGGGUCUCCCUACUUGGUACUUAUAACCAAAUUUCCACCACUAGAUAAUAUUUUUUCUUUUUUCACCUCUUGCCUUCCCUUUAAAAAAUACUUCUCUGAGGGGAACAGAGUGAGAAGUGAUUGAAUUUUCAGUGCUUUUUGGGGUUCACCAGAUGGUAGGGGCAGGGCUCUUACUCAGAAGAUGUGCUGAUACAUCUAACUAUAUUAGUGAUAAAACAUGAAAUCAUAAGUAGUUUCUGUUUGUAUUUUAAAACAAAUAAAUGACAUUUUUUGUCUCAAAAAAAAAAAAA